AUUUCACUCACGCACGUGAUAGGGUCGCCAGCUGAACACCCUAGAAAUAGGUGUUUACGGUCUGUACUACUACUACGUAUACAAAGCAAACUCACAUCCUCACUCCAUGGGUCUUACAAUAUCUUCCCUUUUCACGUCGUUGUCAUCGCUGGUACGAUGGAGCAAAGACCAGGAUGUCCGUAUACUCAUGCUCGGCCUAGACUCGGCUGGAAAGACGACAAUCCUGUACCGGUUACAGAUCGGAGAAGUGGUUUCUACGAUUCCGAGUGAGUAUGUUAUCAUUGCUUUGUGGGGUUUGGGGCUCAUGGGGAACAACCCAGCAAUUGGCUUUAAUGUAGAGACUGUUCAGUAUAAAAACAUUAAGUUCCAAGUGUGGGACCUUGGAGGACAGUCCAGCAUACGGCCAUAUUGGCGAUGUUACUUCCCAAACACAUCUGCCAUCAUCUACGUCAUCGAUUCUUCGGAUCAUGCGCGGUUGACGACGUCACGGAGUGAACUGUUGACUAUGCUUUCGGAAGAUGAACUCAACGGCGUGCCACUCCUUGUAUUCUGCAAUAAGCAAGAUGUCGAAGGUGCGCUAAAACCUGAAGAUAUCAGCGAACAACUUGGUCUCGCAGGUCGCGAGACAUCAAGACCAUGGAGUGUGCGUGGGAGCUGUGCAACAGAGGGAGCAGGUCUGGAGGAUGGAUUAGACUGGUUAGUGAAUGCAAUACAGAAAAAGUAGAAUAUGUGGCCCGUCCUCGCGGACGUACAUCUUCAUCUGCAUAUCUCUUCCCAUCGUCUUCGGACAAUGGUAUACCCAUUGGUGAAACAACCAUAAUUGAUAUUGUCCCAUAAUCUGCCCUAUAGAUCUGGAUUCCGUUUUGCGAAGGAUGACUAUACACGACGGAGUACGCUAAACCAUAACUCAAUGACUGCUCCGACCACUCUCCACUUAUAUCACUGAUA